AGGCCGACCGGUGGUGAGUCGUGCUGACGUAGGAGAGACUAUUCUGCUUCCCUCCUCUUUUCUCUCAUCUGCUCCUAGAUCUCACUCUCCUCCUCUUCCUCCUCCCUGAUCUGGGUUUAUUGCGAUCAGUUAUUUUUCCUAUUUCGGUGGCUUUGGGAUUCUUGUCGCCAUGGCUGCACCACCUGCCCGAGCUCGAGCUGAUUACGAUUACCUCAUUAAGCUCCUCCUCAUCGGCGACAGCGGUGUUGGUAAGAGUUGCCUUCUUCUGCGUUUCUCUGAUGGGUCCUUUACAACUAGUUUUAUUACAACCAUCGGUAUUGAUUUCAAGAUAAGGACCAUAGAGCUUGAUGGAAAAAGAAUUAAAUUGCAAAUUUGGGAUACUGCUGGUCAAGAACGAUUUCGAACAAUUACAACUGCUUACUAUCGUGGAGCCAUGGGUAUUUUGCUCGUGUAUGAUGUCACUGAUGAGUCAUCAUUUAACAACAUUAGGAAUUGGAUUCGUAACAUAGAACAACAUGCUUCUGAUAAUGUCAACAAGAUCCUUGUUGGUAACAAGGCUGACAUGGAUGAAAGCAAAAGGGCUGUACCGACUUCAAAGGGUCAAGCACUUGCUGAUGAAUAUGGCAUCAAAUUCUUUGAGACAAGUGCAAAGACAAAUCUGAAUGUGGAGGAGGUCUUCUUUUCAAUAGCUCGGGAUAUUAAGCAAAGACUUGCUGAUACUGACUCGAAGGCUGAGCCUCAGACAAUCAGGAUUAACCAACCAGACCAGGGAGCCGGGGCUGCUCAAGCUGCCCAAAAAUCAGCCUGCUGUGGUUCUUAAACAAAUCUGGUUGAACUUGAUAUGAUGGGUAAAUUUUAAAGGCAAAGCAAUCACUCUGCUAGGAAAGAAACUGAUUUGUUACAACUGUGUAACUGGUGCUUGUAUUGUUUCCUUUAUCAUUAUUUUAUAAAUACUGAUUUGGGUGUGAAUGGUAGUUUAUACUUUGGGAAGUCGAUUAUAUAUUAGUUGAUUUUCAUG